GGGGCUGAACCAGCGCCCGGCUCAGUCUCAGCAGAAGCUCCGCUCGAGGCGGACUCGGACAUGGAGCUGCUCUCUGUCUCCUUCCCCUGUGACGGAACCUCCGACUGAAGACUGCGUGUUGAUGUGAUGAAGAUCAGCUGGACGCCCGUGUAAGAAGAAGAGGAGGAGGAAGAGGAACAAGAAGAAGAGGAGGAAGAGGAGGAGGAGGCCUUCUGCUGGACUGAUGGCUCCAGAGUGACCUGCCAUGGCUCUAAUGAUCCCCCCGGUGAAACUCAAAUGGCUGGAGCACCUGAACAGCUCAUGGAUUACGGAGGACAGCGAGUCGAUAGCCACGCGAGAGGGAGUCUCUGUGCUCUACUCAAAGCUGCUGGCCAACAAAGAGGUGGUGCUGCUGCCCCAGCAGGUGCUCUGUCUGAAGGGCCCCCAGCUCCCGGACUUUGAGCGGGAAUCCCUGUCCAGCGAUGAGCAGGAGCACUACCUGGACGCUCUGCUCAGCAGCCAAUUGGCUCUGGCCAAGAUGGUCUGCUCUGACUCGCCCUUUGCCGCUGCGCUGCGCAAACGUGUGCUGGUGCUCCAGCGCAUCUUCUACGCACUUUCCAACAAGUACCAUGACAAAGGUAAAGUCAAGCAGCAGCAGCACUCUCCAGAGAACAACUCGGGCUCGACUGAUCUGCACUCUGUCAGCGAGCGGCCGCGCUCCAGCACCGACGCUCUUAUUGAGAUGGGUGUUCGCACGGGCCUCAGCCUUCUGUUUGCCCUCCUGCGCCAGAGCUGGAUGAUGCCUCCUCCGCCCAGCCCUUGUGGAGGUCAUGGGGGAAACAUAAACUUGUGUAACGAUGUCAUUCACACUGCCAUCGACGUGGUGAGCUCCCUGCCCCCCCUCUCUCUGGCCAACGAGAGCAAGAUCCCGCCGAUGGGCCUGGACUGCCUGGCCCAGGUCACCACCUUCCUGAAGGGAGUGACCAUGCCAAACUCUGGAGCGGAUAUUUUAGGGCGGCGCCUGGCCUCAGAGCUCCUCCUGGGCCUGGCCUCGCAGAGGGGCUCCCUGCGCUACCUGCUGGAGUGGAUAGAAAUGGCCUUGGCAGCAUCAGCUGUGGUCUGCACCAUGGAGCAGAACAAGGUGCUACAGAACCAAGAGGGCCUCAUCGGUUAUGAUUGUUUUAUGAACAUCCUCAUGCAGAUGAGACGCUCUUUGGGCUCCUCAGCAGACCGCAGCCAGUGGCGGGAGCCCACGCGGACGUCUGACGGCCUGUGCUCCCUGUAUGAGGCUGCACUCUGUCUUUUUGAAGAAGUAUGUCGAAUGGCAUCAGACUACUCUCGCACUUGUGUCAGUCCAGACAGCAUUCAGACGGGCGAGGCUCCCGUGGUGUCCGAGACCUGCGAGGUGUACGUGUGGGGCAGCAACAGCAGCCACCAGCUCGUGGAGGGCACACAGGAGAAGAUCUUACAGCCCAAGCUGGCCACCAGCUUCGCAGAUGCUCAGACGAUCGAGGCGGGCCAGUACUGCACUUUCGUGAUAUCCUCCGAUGGCUCCGUCCGGGCCUGUGGGAAGGGCAGCUACGGCCGCUUGGGCCUCGGGGACUCUAACAACCAGUCCACGCUCAAGAAGCUGACCUUUGAACCCCACCGCGCAAUCAAGAAGGUGUCGUCGUCCAAGGGUUCUGAUGGCCACACGCUGGCCUUCACUACGGAGGGUGAGGUGUUCAGCUGGGGUGACGGUGAUUAUGGCAAACUGGGUCACGGGAACAGCUCAACACAGAAAUACCCUAAACUUAUCCAGGGGCCACUGCAGGGGAAGGUGGUGGUUUGUGUGUCUGCUGGCUACAGACACAGUGCUGCAGUCAGCGAGGAUGGAGAGCUGUACACAUGGGGUGAAGGGGAUUUUGGACGAUUAGGUCACGGUGACAGCAACAGCCGAAACAUUCCUACGCUAGUUAAAGACAUCAGCAACGUUGGCGAGGUGUCGUGUGGCAGCUCGCAUACCAUCGCACUGUCCAAGGAUGGACGGACUGUGUGGUCGUUUGGAGGCGGAGACAAUGGAAAACUUGGUCACGGUGAUACUAAUCGAGUUUACAAACCAAAAGUAGUGGAGGCCCUGCAGGGGAUGUUCAUCAGGAAAGUGUGUGCAGGAAGUCAGUCAUCUCUUGCCUUAACCUCUACUGGACAGGUGUAUGCUUGGGGCUGUGGCGCCUGCCUGGGCUGCGGUUCCUCUGAGGCCACAGCGCUCAGACCCAAACUCAUCGAGGAGCUGGCGACCACCCGAGUGGUGGAUAUCUCUAUCGGAGACAGCCACUGUCUGGCCCUGUCGCACGACAAUGAAGUAUAUGCGUGGGGCAACAACUCCAUGGGCCAGUGUGGCCAGGGGAACUCAACCGGGCCGAUCACCAAGCCCAAAAAGGUGGUCAGCCUGGACGGAGUCGCGGUUCAGCAGAUCUCAGCCGGCACGUCUCACAGUCUGGCAUGGACAGCGCUGCCCAGGGACAGGCAGGUGGUGGCGUGGCACAGACCGUACUGCGUCGACCUCGAGGAAAGCACCUUCUCCCACCUGCGCUCCUUCCUUGAGCGCUACUGUGACGGGAUCAACAGUGAAGUUCCUCCACUUCCCUUCCCCUCGUCCAGGGAGCAUCAUACCUUUCUCAAGCUGUGCCUUCGGCUCCUGUCCAAUCACCUGGCUCUGGCUCUGGCCGGGGGCGUGGCCACCAGUAUCUUAGGUCGGCAGGCGAGGCCCCUGAGGAACCUGCUCUUCAGACUGAUGGACUCCUCUGUGCCCGACGAGAUUCAGGAAGCGGUGAUUGAGACUCUGUCUGUGGGUGCGACGAUGCUGCUGCCGCCGCUGAGAGAGAGGAUGGAGCUCCUUCACGCGCUGCUGCCUCAGGGCCCGGACCGAUGGGAGAGUCUCUCCAAAGGACAGAGGAUGCAGCUGGACAUCAUCCUGACCAGUCUGCAGGACCACACCCACGUGGCCUCGCUCCUGGGUUACAGCUCGCCUCCCGAUGGCCCAGAGGUGCUUUCCUCCGGUCCAGGUUUUACAGCCUCCCCAGACCCGGGCUACAGUGCCACAGCGGACCACCCUGACACCCACCUGGCUGAGAUCCUCAUGAAGACGCUGCUCAGGAAUCUGGGCUUUUACACUGAUCAGGCCUUCGGGGAGCUGGAGAAGAACAGCGAUAAGCUGCAGCAGGGCACGUCGUCCUCCGACAGCAGCCAGCCCGCUCACCUGCACCAGCUCCUGUGCUCCCUGCAGAAGCAGCUGUUAGCGUACUGCCACAUCAACUCAGUCACUGAGAACUCCAGCAGUGUGGCUCUACUUCACAAGCACCUGCAGCUCCUGCUGCCUCACGCCACCGAUAUCUACUCCCGCUCGGCCACGCUGAUCAAAGAGAGUUCCUGGAACGGCAGCAUACGAGAAAAGCUACAAGAUGUGAUCUACGUCUCAGCAGCAGGCAGCAUGCUGUGCCAGAUAAUCAACUCUCUGCUGCUGCUUCCGGUGUCGGUGGCGAGGCCUCUGCUGAGCCAGCUGUUGGACCUGCUGCCUCCUCUGGACCGACUCAACCGACUCCUGCCCGCUGCGUCUCCUCUGGAGGACCAGGAGCUGCAGUGGCCUCUUCACGGUGCCUCUGACUUUGCUGAGCCAGCCUCAGGAAUGUCCCUGCCUCCGCCGGCGCUGUCCUGGAUUUGGCUCGUGGACCUGGAGAGGACGGUUGCCUUGCUGGUUGGCCGGUGCCUCGGUGGGAUGCUGCAGGGAGCUCCGACCUCACUGGAGGAGCAGGACACUGCUUACUGGCUCAAAACCCCCCUCUUCAGCAACGGCCUGGCGAUGGACAUCCCUCAGCUUGACACCUGCAUCAGCUCCUUGUUGGAGGCAGCGCUGUCUGGGAACGAGGAGCAGAAGCCCUUUGACUGCACUCUGCGUCCGGACUCCAGUGUCUUGGUGGAUCUGGCUCUGGGUUCCUCUAAAGAACCUGCCAACAGCCUCUGGAUCAACAUGCAGGACUAUGCCAUGAGCAAAGACUGGGACAAUGCGUCUCUCAGUAAUGAGUCUCUGUUGGACACUGUGUCCAGGUUCGUGUUGGCCUCCUUGUUGAAGCACACAGGGAUGCUGAGCCAAGCCUGUGGCGAGGGAAGGUACCAACCUUCUAAGUCGCUUGCUGAAGUCUAUCGCAGUGUUUAUAAAGUACGAAACCGUCUGCUGGCCUGUAAGAACAUGGAUUUCAUCCAGACCCGAUCAUCUUCACGUGAGAGGAGGAUUUCAGACAAUCAGGACUCUCUGGACAUGGACCCUCAGGAGCACUCGUUCACUCGCACCAUCGAUGAGGAGGCAGAGCUGGAAGAGAGAGCCGACCGCGAGAGAGAGGAGGGCCAUCAGGAGCAAGACGACGAAGAGGAGGACCGGGAGCAUGAAGUGAUGACAGCUGGAAAAAUCUUUCAAUGUUUCCUCUCAGCACGGGAGGUAGCUCGCAGUCGGGACAGAGAGCGGGCGAGCAGCAGCACAGGCCUGGGCUCCGGCUCUGUUUCCAGGAGCGGCGGAGGAGGAGGAGGAGGAGGAGGAGGAGACGAGGACGCCAUUCUGUCCCAGGAGGGGAGGAGGGGCAGCUCGGGUCUCCCAGAGGGCCAGGACCUGUACACGGCAGCCUGUAACUCGGUGAUCCACCGCUGUGCCCUGCUGCUGCUGGGGGUGAGCCCUGUGCUGGGCGAGCUGAGCAAACAGAACCAGGAGGAGGGCCAGACCCAGUCAGCCACGGGAACACACGAGUGUCUGAGCUUCAUGACCAGGAGUGAGAGUCUCAGUGCAGAGAGCCGCUCGGUGCAGAGCAGCCCGAGCUACAGACUGAUGAAGUCCAGGAGCGAGUCUGAUCUGUCCCAGCCCGAGUCAGACGAAGAGGGUUACACUCUGAGUGGAAGGAGAAACGUCGACCUGGACUUGGCGUUCUCCCAAAAAAAACGAGGCCUGCUCCACAGCUCCCCCGACUCCCUGGCCGAGUCCUGGUUCAGGGCCAAGCUGAGUCGCCAGCGCAGCUACGGCUCGGCAUACUCCUAUGAAGAGUCGGACCUGGACCUGAGCCGCUCACUGGGCGUCUACGCCCUCAUCGACAACAUGGUCAGUUACAUCAGCGGUGACGUGGGCCUGGCUCCGGCCUUCAAGGAGCCAGAGGAGAGCAUGUCCACCAGCCCACAGGCGACGAUCCUGGCCAUGGAGCAGCAGCAGAACCGAGCAGAGUUGCGGUUGGAGGCGCUUCACCAGAUUGUGGUGUUGAUCUCCGGCAUGGAGGAGAAGGGCAGCCAGCCCGGCAGCGCAGAUCGGUCCAGCGGAGCCUUCCAGUCGUCCUCUCUGCUCACCUCGGUCCGGCUGCAGUUCCUGGCCGGUUGCUUUGGCCUCGGCACCGUGGGCACCGGAGCGCUGAAGAGAGAGAGUGUGCAGCUGCAUCACUACCAGGAUGGUGUGAAAUCCGCUAAGAGGAGCCUCCAGAUUGAAAUCCAGACAGCCGUCCACAAGAUCUACCAGCAGCUGUCUGUCACACUGGAGAGAGCGCUGCAGGCAAACAAGCACCACAUAGAAGCGCAGCAGCGCCUCCUGCUGGUCACUGUGUUCGCGCUGAGUGUUCGCUACCAGCCAGUGGACGUCUCCCUGGCCAUCUCCAGUGGGCUGCUCAACGUGCUGUCUCAGCUCUGUGGCACAGAGACCAUGCUGGGGCAGCCGCUCCAGCUGCUGCAGAAACCUGGAGUGUCUCAGCUCAGCACGGCCCUGAAGGUGGCGUCCACUCGGCUGCUGCAGAUUCUGGCCAUCAGCACUGGAACAUAUGCAGACAAGUUGAGUCCUAAGGUGGUUCAGUCGCUGUUGGACCUGCUCUGCAGUCAGCUGAAGAACCUGUUGUCUCAGGCGGGAGUCAGUCUCCUGUCGUCUGGAAAAGACCAAGAGGACAACAAACAGGAGGACAGUGCAGACUCCGAGAAGAAAGACUUGAGAGCUUUGAUCCGGAAGCAGCACACUGCAGAGCUGCACCUCGGAGACUUCCUGGUCUUCCUCAGGAGGGUUGUGUCGUCCAAGGCCAUCCAGUCCAAGAUGGCCUCCCCCAAAUGGACUGAAGUGCUGCUCAACAUUGCUGCACAGAAAUGCUGCUCAGGGGUCCCUCUGGUGGGGAACUUGAGAACUCGGCUCCUAGCGCUUCACGUUCUGGAGGCGGUUCUGCCUGCGUGUGAGGCCAAUAUGGAGGAUGACCAGAUGACACAGGUGGUGGAGCGUCUUUUCUCUCUGCUGUCCGACUGCAUGUGGGAAGGUCCCAUUGCUCAAGCAAAGCACUCGAUCCAGAUUAAAGAGAAAGUCCAAGAGCUUAAGCUACAGGGAGAGUCAGAGGAGGAGGACGAGAACCUUCCCAUUCAGGAAGUGUCCUUUGACCCGGAGAAGGCCCAGUGUUGUGUGGUGGAAAACAGCCAGGGCCUGACGCACGGCAGCGGGGGCAAAGGCUACGGCCUGGCCUCCACUGGAAUCUCCUCUGGAUGUUACCAGUGGAAGUUUUACAUUGUGAAGGAGAACCGAGGCAACGAGGGCACGUGUGUCGGUGUCUCACGAUGGCCCGUGCACGACUUCAACCACCGCACCACGUCAGAUAUGUGGCUGUACCGGGCGUACAGCGGGAACCUCUAUCACAAUGGAGAACAAACGCUGACGCUCAGCAGCUUUACUCAGGGAGACUUCAUCACCUGCGUCCUGGACAUGGAGGCCAGAACCAUCUCGUUCGGCAAGAAUGGAGAAGAGCCGAAGUUGGCCUUCGAGGACGUGGACGCCACAGAGCUGUAUCCCUGUGUGAUGUUCUACAGCAGUAACCCAGGAGAGAAGGUUAAGAUCUGUGAUAUGCAGAUGAGGGGAACACCACGAGACCUCCUACCUGGCGACCCGGUCUGCAGCCCCAUGGCCACAGUUCUGGCCGAGGCCACCACUCAGCUGAUCCGCAUCUUGCACCGUACUGACCACUGGACCCAUCGUAUCAACAAAACCAUGGUGGAACGACUUCACAAGAUCAAGGUCUGCUUCAGAGAGUCAGCCGGUGCAUCUGGUGGCAGCGGCGGUCAAAGACUGAAGAAGAGCCGCUCGGUGCAGAGCCGCGAGGAGCACGACGCCCAGAGAGAAAGCCAAGAAACAACCACGAGGACGGAGGAGGAGAGGGGACGCCACGGACGACAGCAUGGCUUGGGGGAGCUGUCGGAGCACCACCUGAGAACGCUGUGCACAGAGGUGUGGCCGGUCCUGGCGGUGAUCGGGGGCGCUGACGCAGGCCUCCGUGUUGGUGGGCGAUGCGUGCACAAGCAGACCGGACGCCACGCCACCCUGCUGGGCGUGGUGAAGGAAGGCAGUACCUCAGCCAAGGUGCAGUGGGACGAAGCUGAGAUCACCAUCAGCUUCCCAACUUUCUGGUCGCCUAGUGACACUCCACUAUACAACCUGGAGCCCUGCGAGCCGCUGCCCUUCGACGUCGCACGUUUCCGUGGCCUCACCGCCUCGCUGCUGUUGGACCUCACCUACCUCACCAGCAUCCACGAGGAAACAGCCGCCAAGCUCGGUGUGCGACGUCAUGACAAGAAGCAUCGCAACGCCGCAUCGACUGGGCAUGAGCCGGCCGCUAACGAAGACAAAGCAGACAAUGAUAGUCACAACCGAAACGAACAAAGGGAUGGAGCCUCAUCUGCAGCCGUUCCAAACACCACGACCUCUGACCUGCGUGUGUCCCACAGCCUGGAUGAGGUGAAGGCACAUGUGGCGCCCAACUCGAAGUCAGAGAGCGAGAUCUCCUCGGUGGCCGGCAUCGGUGGAAAUGAGACUCUUUUCUCUGCUGCUCCUCACAUCCCUGCGGAGGGGAACAGGAAGAAAGGCCACGAUCAUGGCCUUCGCAGCCACGAGCCGUCUCCUCCCUCCGUGGCCACCCAGUCUGAGAUCCAUGCUGUGCAGCUGUCCUACCUCUACCUGGGAGCCAUGAAAACCCUCAGCGCUCUGCUGAGCUGCAGCAAAUACGCUGAGCUGCUGCUGAUUCCUAAGGUUUUACCGGACACGGCACCGAGUGGGCACAACGCUGAUCUGAACGCCAGCACCAGCGGGAGCGCUGCUGCCACCUCGCCGGUUUGCCCCGAGGAGGCGGAGAUUCGGGCGGCUCUGCAGUUUCUCAUGCGCCACAUGGUGAAGCGGGCAGUGAUGCGCUCCCCUAUCAAGCGGGCCCUGGGCCUGGCCGACCUGGAGAGAGCGCAGGCCAUGAUCUACAAGCUCGUCGUCAACGGGCUGUUGGAGGAGCCCAGUGGGGGAAAGAUCAAGCCUGGAGUGAGAAGUGAACCCGAGGGUGAGGGGGAAGGUACAGAGGGGGAGCAGUUGGCACAAACCCCGGUCACCACCAGCCCCUCGGCCUCCAGCACCACCUCCUUCAUGAGCUCCUCUCUGGAGGACACCACCACCGCUACCACACCCGUCACGGACACGGAGACCGUCCCCGCCUCGGAGUCUCCAGGAGUCAUGCCUCUCAGCCUCCUCAGACAAAUGUUCUCUAGUUACCCAACAACCACCCUGGGCCCAGCCCGCCGAGCCCAGACUCCUCCGGUGUUGUCUCUGCCCACGUCCCCCUCCGAGGAAGUCGGCCGGAGGCAGAGUCUCACCUCCCCCGACUCCCAGCCCAGACCACAAAACAGAACCGGUACCUCUCUGUCGGACCCCAGCAGCCGCCUGUCGACGUCUCCCCCUCCUCCUGCCAUCGCUGUGCCCCUGCUGGAAAUGGGCUUCUCCCUGCGACAGAUCACCAAAGCUCUGGAGUCCACGGGUGCGCGAGGAGAGGCCGAUGCUCAGAACAUCACUGUCCUGGCGAUGUGGAUGAUCGAACAUCCAGGUACCGAGGACGAGCACGACGAGCCUCACCCCAGAGGCGGCGGCGGCUGCAGCGACGGCUCGGACUCCUCGUGUCCGGGCGCCACGGCUUCUGCUGGAGGCAAAUCUCUGGACAGGAGCUCGUACCUCUGCUCUCCCGGAGAAAUCGCCAAUGCAGACGCUGCGGAAAUGGAAGAAGGCUUCAGUGAGAGUCCCGAGGGUCUGGAGCAGGACAGUGCGUCAGCCUCCAGCGGCGUUGCUCUCAGAGGACGCUCUGCAGUGGGAAGGAAGCAUCGCUUUGACCUCGCUGCUCGAACCCUCUUAGCCCGUGCUGCUGGACUGUACCGCUCGGUGCAGGCCCACCACAGCCAGUCUCGUCGGGAGGUUCCGUCCCUUCAGCAGCAACAAGACCCGGCUGCUCUGUACGACUUCAACCUGGAUGAGGAGCUUGAGAUGGACCUGGACGAAGAGACCAUGGAGGCCAUGUUCGGCCAGGACCUCGCCAGCGACACCGACAUUCUGGGAAUGUGGAUCCCGGAGGUACUGGACUGGCCAACAUGGCAUGUGUGUGAGACAGACGAUCGGGAUGAAGUGGUGGUGUGCGAGCUGUGUGAGGCCAACGUGGCAAACUUCAACCAACACAUGAAGAAGAGCCACCCGGGCUGCGGCCGCAGCGCCAACAGGCAAGGUUACCGCAGCAACGGCGCCUACGUGGACGGCUGGUUCGGAGGCGAGUGCGGCAGCGGAAAUCCUUACUACCUUCUGUGUGGAGGCUGCAGGGAGAAGUACCUGGCCAUCAAGAGCAAAGCCAAGGUCCCUGUUGUGGAGAGAUAUAAGGGACAGGCUCCGGACCUCCUGGGAAAACAGGACAGUGUCUAUGAAGAGGACUGGGACAUGCUGGAUGUUGAUGAAGAUGAGAAGCUGACAGGGGAGGAAGAAUUUGAGCUGUUGGCCGGCCCGUUGGGUCUGAGCGAGCGCAGGAUCGUCCCUGAGGCCGUCCAGUUCCCUGACAGCGACCCACUCGGAGCCUCUGUAGCAAUGGUGACGGCCACCAACAGCAUGGAGGAGACGCUGCUGCAGAUCGGCUGCCAGACCUCAGUGGAUAAGAGCUCAUCGGGCAGGGUCACCCUCGGGGAGCAGGCCGCCGCUCUGCAGAACCCACAUGACCGAGUGAUGGCGCUGAGGAGGGUGACGGCUGCAGCCCAGGUGCUGCUGGCCAGGACCAUGGUGAUGAGAGCCCUGUCCCUGCUGUCUGUCAGUGGCUCGAGCUGCAGCCUCGCAGCAGGACUGGAGUCUCUGGGUUUGACUGACAUCAGGACUCUGGUCAGGCUGAUGUGCUUAACUGUGUCUCAUCACCAUGCUGCUUUCCCCCAGAACCUGAUCUCUGCAGCUACAGGCAUGAACCUGACGACCGUGGACGACCCCAUUCAGAGGAAGUUCCUGCCCAGCUUCCUUCGUGGCGUGGCCGAGGAGAACAAGCUCAUCACCUCCCCCAACUUCGUGGUGACACAGGCUCUGGUCGCUCUGUUGGCAGACAAAGGGGCCCGACUCCGCCCGGCCUACGACAAGGCUGAUAUGGAGAAAAGAGGCCCUCUGGAACUCGCCAAUGCACUAGCGGCGUGCUGCCUGUCUUCCAGGCUUUCCUCACAGCACCGCCAGUGGGCUGCCCAGCAGCUGGUCCGCACACUGGCCGCCCACGACCGCGACAACAACCAGAGCCGGCCGCAGACCUUUGCCGACAUGGCAGGGGAUCUGCGGAAGUGCUCCCUCAUCAAGCUGGAGGCUCAUCAGAGCAGGGUCAUCACGUGUGCCUGGUGCAGUAAGAAAGGCCUGUUGGCCACAAGUGGAAACGACGGCACGGUCCGGGUGUGGAACGUGACCAAGAGCCAGUACUCACUCCAGCAGACGUGCAUCUUCAACAAAGAUGAUGGAUCCUCGGAGGACGGCAUGUCCGGCUUGGGAUCUCCCAGUGAUCCCAGCUUGUCUCCUUUGGCCUGGAGCGUCACUGGCAAAUUUCUGGCUUCUGCCAUCGAUAAAAUGGUCAACAUCUGGCAAGUUAAUGGUGGGAGAGGCCUUUUGGACGUGCAGCCUCACUGGGUGUCGGCUCUGGCUUGGCCCAAACAGGAGGCCGAGUCCUUAUGGUGCGGGGAACCCAAGGACAUGCUGCUGGUGGGACGGAUGGAUGGAUCCCUGGGCCUCAUCGAGGUGCUGGACACGGCCACCAUGCACCGCACCGAGCUGGAGCACUGCUACCGCAAAGAUGUGGCCGUGAUGCACAUCGCCUGGUACAGUGAAGACAAGCCUUUUGCUGUGGGCUACGCAGAUGGAAAGCUGCUGAUUGGUUUCAAAGAGCCGUUAGAAAAGGGAGCCAUCGUGGUCAUUGAUGCACACAAGGAGUCCAUCACCAGUAUGAAGUGGAGUCCAAACGGUCAGAUCCUGCUCACCUGUGCCAAAGAGGAGACGGUGAAGCUGUGGGCGAGUCACGACUCCGGCUCCGGCUGGCGCCGCCUGCAGAGUCUCAGACAUCCUUCCGUGGUUAACGGUGUGGCGUGGUGCGGCCUGUCUGGACGAGGGCCGAAGCCGCUCAGCAUGUUGGCCAUAUGCUGUCAGAGCGGCCUGGUCACGGUCUGGACGGUUCCUCAGGACAUUGCCAACUUCCCAGAAUCCUGUUCCCCUGACUCGGGGGGGUUGUGGGAGAACGAAUCGAAACUAAAAUUCAUGUCUUCCAGGCGCUCGGUAGAUCGAGUGAUGUGCGUCUUCCAGCUGAAGGGUCACAUCACUCCAGUCAGGACGCUGGCCUUCAGCCCUGAUGGUCUGGCUCUGGCAUCUGGAGGAGUGGGAGGCCUCAUGAACAUCUGGUCCCUGCGGGACGGCUCGGUGCUCCAGACGGUCGUCGCCGGGUCAGGGGCGAUCCAGAAUAUCGUCUGGAUCCCAGAUGUGGGCGUCGCCGUCUGCUCCAACAGGUCAAAGGAUGUGCUGGUUGUGAACUGCUCCAAUGAGUUCAUGGCAUCCAACCAUGUGCUGGCCACGUGCCGCACGGCUCUGAAGAAGCAGGGCGUAGUCGGCCUCAACAUGGCGCCCUGCAUGAGGGCCUUCCUGGAGAGGCUGCCCAUCAUGCUGCAGGAGCAGUACGCCUACGAGAAGCCCCACGUUGUCUGCGGGGAGCAGCUCGUCCACAGCCCCUACAUGCAGUGCCUCGCCUCCCUGGCCGUGGGGCUCCACCUGGACCAUUUGCUGUGUCGCCCCCCUGUGCCACCUCAGCUCCGACACUGCCCACCGGAGUCUGGCACUGCCGUCUGGACCGCCAGCGAGUGGGCGUGGCUGGACUGCUUCUCUACGACAGUCAAGGCGGCGGAGGCGCUCGCUCGAGGCGCCACCUUCCCCGAGUCCUUCUCCGUUCCCGACCUGGAGCCUGUGCCCAAAGACGAAAUGGCUCUGCUCAUGGACAAUAAUAAAUGGGCGUCUGGAUUGGAUGAACAGAUCAUGUCCUGGGCCACCUCGAGACCAGAGGACUGGCACCUCGGAGGGAAGUGUGAUGUCUUUCUGUGGGGAGCAGGGCGACAUGGCCAGUUGGCAGAGGCCGGCAGGAACAUCCUGGUGCCGACCACGGCUCCGUCGUUCUCUCAGGCUCAACAGGUGGUGUGUGGGCAGAACUGCACCUUUGCGAUCCAGCCCAACGGGACGGUGUUGGCCUGCGGAGAAGGAAGCUACGGUCGCCUGGGCCAAGGGAACUCCGACGACCUGCACGUGCUCACGGUCAUCUCAGCUCUUCAAGGUUUCGUGGUGACGCAGCUGGUGACCUCAUGCGGCAGCGACGGUCACUCCAUGGCGCUGACGGAGAGCGGCGAGGUGUUCAGCUGGGGGGACGGGGACUACGGUAAACUGGGCCACGGGAACAGUGACCGGCAGCGCCGACCCAGACAGAUCGAAGCCCUGCAAGGAGAAGAGGUGGUGCAGAUGUCCUGCGGGUUCAAACACUCGGCAGUGGUAACAGCAGACGGGAAGCUCUUCACUUUCGGUAACGGUGACUACGGCAGACUGGGGCUCGGAAACACUUCCAACAAGAAGCUCCCAGAGAAGGUCACGGCUCUGGAGGGCUACCAAGUGGGACAGGUGGCUUGUGGGUUGAACCACACUUUGGUCAUCUCUGCUGAUGGAAUGAUGGUUUGGGCUUUUGGUGAUGGAGACUAUGGGAAACUGGGACUUGGUAACUCCACGGCCAAGUCGUCACCUCAGAAAGUGGACGUGCUGUGUGGGCUCGCUAUUAAAAAGGUUGCUUGUGGAACACAGUUCUCUGUGGCGCUAACCAAAGACGGAAAGGUUUUCACGUUCGGCCAAGACCGUCUGAUUGGCUUAGCCGAGGGCCGAGCCCGGAACCACAACCGGCCCCAGCAGGUCCCGGCUCUGUCGGGGGUCCAGGUCCAGGACGUCGCUGUCGGAGCUGAGCACACUCUGGUGCUCUCGUCCACGGGAGACGUCUACACCUGGGGCAGCAACUCUGAGGGACAGCUGGGUCUGGGUCACACCAACCACGUCAGAGAGCCCACACUGGCGACGGCGCUGCAGGGCAAGAACAUCCACCAGAUCUCUGCCGGCCGCUGCCACAGCGCAGCGUGGACGGCGCCAUCUGUGCCGCCGCGAGCUCCAGGCUCGUCAGUUCCUCUCCAGCUGGGUCUGCCCAUGGCGGUGCCUCCUCAGUACAGUGGGCUGAAGGAGGUGAGCAUGGAGGCGGUGAGGGCUCGCCUGCGCCUCCUCUACCACUUCUCCGACCUCAUGUACUCCUCGUGGAGACUUCUCAACCUCAGCCCCAACAACCAGAGCUGUAACUCCCACUAUAACGCUGGCACCUGGGGGAUCGUCCAGGGCCAGUUGAGGCCCCUGUUGGCCCCCAGAGUCUACACUCUGCCCAUGGUGCGCUCCAUAGGGAAGACCAUGGUGCAGGGAAAGAACUACGGCCCCCAGAUCACCGUCAAACGAAUCUCCACCCGGGGACGUAAGUGUAAACCGAUCUUCGUGCAGAUCGCUCGCCAAGUUGUGAAGCUCAACGCCUCGGACCUCCGACUGCCCUCCAGGGCUUGGAAGGUUAAACUGGUGGGGGAGGGGGCGGACGACGCAGGCGGAGUGUUUGACGACACCAUCACGGAGAUGUGUCAGGAGUUGGAGACGGGGGUCGUGGACCUGCUCAUCCCCUCCCCCAACGCCACAGCAGAGGUCGGCUACAACAGAGACAGGUUCCUCUUCAACCCGUCGGCCUGUCAGGACGAGCACAUGCUCCAGUUUAGGUUCAUGGGGAUUCUGAUGGGAGUCGCCAUCCGCACCAAGAAACCUCUGGACCUGCACCUGGCUCCUCUGGUGUGGAAACAGCUGUGCUGCAUCCCCCUGCUCCCGGAGGAUCUGGAGGAAGUCGACCUCCUCUACGUGCAGACGCUCAAGAGCAUUCUUCACAUUGAAGACAGCGGCAUCACCGAGGAGAAUUUCCAUGAGAUGAUUCCUCUGGAUUCGUUUGUCGGGCAGAGUGCAGAUGGUAAAAUGGUUCCCAUCAUCCCGGGAGGAAACAGCAUCCCGCUCAGCUUCUCCAACAGGAAGGAGUACGUGGAGCGGGCCAUCGAGUACCGGCUGCACGAGAUCGACCGGCAGGUGGCGGCGGUGCGCGAGGGCAUGUCGUGGAUCGUGCCGGUGCCGUUGCUGUCGCUGCUGACGGCCAAGCAGCUGGAGCAGAUGGUGUGCGGGAUGCCGGAGAUCUGCUGCGACGUGCUGAAGAAGGUAGUGCGAUACCGGGAGGUGGACGAGCAGCACGCCCUGGUGCAGUGGUUCUGGCAGACGCUGGAGGAGUUCUCCAACGAGGAGCGAGUCCUCUUCAUGCGCUUCGUCUCCGGGCGCUCGAGGCUGCCGGCCAACACAGCCGACAUCUCUCAGAGGUUCCAGAUCAUGAAGGUGGACAGGCCGUACGACAGCCUGCCCACCUCCCAGACCUGCUUCUUCCAGCUGCGCCUGCCGCCGUACUCCAGCCAGGCCGUCAUGGCCGAGCGGCUGCGCUACGCCAUCAACAACUGCCGCUCCAUCGACAUGGACAACUACAUGCUGUCCCGUAACGUGGACAACGCUGAGGGCUCGGACACGGACUACUGACGCAGGCAACACAGACACGCACACACAUCAUAACGUCCCAGGAGAGGGCGAGCACAGACUUAUCUUAUUCACACACACACACACACACACACACACACACACACACACACACACACACACACACACACACACACACACACACACAGACGAGUCGUCAGCACUGCAUCAGUCGUAGGAAACUCCUGAGCAAUGACCACUUUUUACCAUUUAAUCUUCUUAAACAGCACAGAUCUUCAUUUCUCUUUGUGGUUUAUUAGCAGUUUUUAUGACACAGAAAUCCACAUGAGAAGUGCAUUUAGUGUUAAUUUGUUUUCCAUUACUCCACAUCCCAUUUUCAGGGUUUCUGCAUGGAGGUUCUGUUUCUUUGUUUGAAAUGUGUAUAGAAUAUUCAAGUGCGUGGUGGUGGAGGAAAAAAAGAAUAUUGUACAUUGUGUAAAAUGCUUCAUUAGGAAAAUGUUUUGCAUAAUAUCCAUAUUUAUUGUUUUCAUUGCCUCUGCUGAGUUUCCACAAGCAACAACAAUAAAUGAGAAAUGCUGCAUAAUUGA